AUGUCGUCGACGACGUGGGACGCGUCGCAAUCCCAGCUUGACUUUAUGAAGAACGAUCGGGUGAUAUUAGUGAGCGAACGAGACGAGAUACAGGGGUCGGAGAGCAAAGAGAACGCCCACCGAUUCAUCUCAGAGUCGCCGCGCGGAGCGCUGCAUCGAGCGUUUAGCGUGUUUCUGUUCGACUGCGAUAAUCGUCUGUUACUGCAACAGCGAGCGGGAAAUAAGAUCACAUUCCCGAGUGUGUGGACGAACACGUGCUGCUCGCAUCAGCUCACGGGGCAGGAUCCGGAUGAGACGGACGACCCCGUGGCGAUCGCGUCGGGAAGGUGUCUCGGCGCCAAACGGGCGGCGACGAGAAAGUUGAAACACGAACUCGGGAUAGAAGCGGAGGACGUUCCUACGGAAAGCAUCAAAUUUUUGACUCGCUUGCAUUACUGCGCCGCGGAUGAGUUCGCGGAAAACGAAAAUCAACCGGAAGGCGGGACGUGGGGUGAACACGAGAUGGAUUACAUUUUAUUCGCAAAAAUCAAUCGCGGCGGCGAAUCACUUCCGAUGAACGUCAACGCAGAGGAGAUCGACGAUACGAAGUGGGUGAGCGCGAGCGAGCUGAAGGCGAUGAUGGAUCCUGGGAGUGGCUUACGAUGGAGUCCUUGGUUUAGGAUCAUAGCCGAACGGUUCUUGCAUGAGUGGUGGGCGGAUUUGGACGCGGCGUUGACGAGCGACAAAUACGUCGACGUCAAUACGAUUCACAAGGUGAUGUAG